AUGACACAGCUGCGUCCAGCCCUCACUGUAGAUUCUUCAGCUGAUAGAUUGUACGAAGUAGCCAAUCAGUACGAAGUAGCCAAUCAGUACGAAGUAGCCAAUCAGUACGAGGUAGCCAAUCAGUACGAAGUAGCCAUUCAGUACGAGGUAGCCAAUCAGUACGAGGUACCCAAUCAGUACGAAGUGGCCAAUCAGUACGAAGUAGACAAUCAGUACGAAGUAGCCAAUCAGUACGAGGUACCCAAUCAGUACGAAGUAGCCAAUCAGUACGAGGUAGCCAAUCAGUACGAAGUAGCCAAUCAGUACGAGGUACCCAAUCAGUACGAAGUAGACAAUCAGUACGAAGUAGCCAAUCAGAACGAAGUAGCCAAUCAGUACGAAGUAGACAAUCAGUACGAAGUAGCCAAUCAGUACGAGGUAGCCAAUCAGUACAAAGUAGACAAUCAGUACGAGGUACCCAAUCAGUACGAAGUAGACAAUCAGUACGAGGUACCCAAUCAGUACGAAGUAGCCAAUCAGAACGAAGUAGCCAAUCAGUACGAAGUAGACAAUCAGUACGAGGUAGCCAAUCAGUACGAAGUAGACAAUCAGUACGAGGUACCCAAUCAGUACGAAGUAGCCAAUCAGUACGAAGUAGCCAAUCAGUGCGAAGUAGACAAUCAGUACGAGGUAGCCAAUCAGUACGAAGUAGACAAUCAGUACGAGGUAGCCAAUCAGUACGAAGUAGCCAAUCAGUACGAAGCAAACAUGUUGAUGCUCAGCUAG